CGGCCAAUAGGCAGGGGAGUUCUUGUUUCCUGGCAGAGCGGGGUCCCGGCACCGCGGCUCUCUGGUUUUGUGUGGGUCCUGGGUGGAGGGCCCGGGUGCCGGGGCCCAAGGUGCCGCCUCGCUAGCGGGAGAGGGAGCGGGAGCAGCGGCCCGGAGAGAGGCCUCCAAACCCCACCCUCCCUGGACAAGCCAGUCAGUGCGAGGGUCCUGGCGAAUUGAGGAGCUGCCCUGCUACCUCCCAGCGGGAUUCUACUGGCCCAGCCUUCCCAAGGGUGCUUAGGACGCCCGUUACCCACACCGUCGAGGGUAGCUUUUGCACUGCCUUCAGUGUCUCCAGGGCGGGAGGAUGGAAGCAGACCCUAAUUGGAACUGAGGGUCAGGGCAGCUCUCAGGGCCUGUGUGGGGCAAGAGGAUGCUUUCCCAGCCCCACCAUGGAGCUGCGCUGUGGGGGAUUGCUGUUCAGUUCUCGAUUUGACUCAGGGAACCUAGCCCAUGUGGAAAAGGUGGAAACUGUGUCUAGUGAUGGGGAAGGAGUAGGAGGGGGGCCAUCAGCCCCCACUAGUGGCAUUGCUUCUUCCCCUGACUACGAGUUCAACGUGUGGACCCGGCCAGACUGUGCUGAAACAGAAUUUGAGAACGGGAACAGGUCAUGGUUCUACUUCAGUGUCCGAGGAGGAAGUCCAGGAAAGCUAAUCAAGAUCAACAUUAUGAACAUGAACAAGCAGAGCAAACUAUAUUCUCAGGGCAUGGCCCCCUUUGUGCGCACAUUGCCUUCCCGGCCACGCUGGGAACGCAUUAGAGACCGGCCCACCUUUGAGAUGACAGAGACACAGUUUGUGCUGUCCUUUGUCCACCGUUUCGCAGAGGGCCGGGGAGCCACCACCUUCUUCGCCUUCUGCUACCCCUUCUCCUACAGUGACUGCCAGGAUCUGCUAAGCCAGCUAGACCAGCGCUUUCCAGAGACUCACUCUGCGCAUAGCAGUCCUCUGGACAGCAUUUAUUACCACCGGGAGCUUCUCUGCUAUUCUCUGGAUGGACUUCGGGUAGACCUACUAACAAUCACUUCCUGUCAUGGGCUUCGAGAAGAUCGGGAGCCCCGUCUAGAGCAGCUAUUUCCUGACCUUAGCACUCCCCGACCAUUCCGUUUCACAGGCAAAAGGAUAUUCUUCUUAAGCAGUAGGGUACACCCUGGAGAGACUCCAUCUAGCUUUGUCUUCAAUGGCUUUCUGGACUUCAUCCUUCGACCUGAUGAUCCCCGGGCGCAAACUCUACGUCGACUCUUUGUCUUUAAGUUGAUUCCCAUGUUGAACCCUGAUGGUGUGGUCCGGGGCCACUACCGCACAGACUCACGUGGAGUGAAUCUGAACCGGCAGUACCUGAAACCUGACGCCAUCCUGCACCCAGCCAUCUAUGGCGCGAAAGCAGUGCUUCUCUACCACCAUGUGCACUCCCGUCUCAACUCCAAGAACCCCUCUAACCCACAGCCCAGUCUUCAUCUCCCUCCUGAAACUCCUCUUUCUGACCUUGAGAAAGCCAAUAAUCUCCACAAUGAAGCCCACCUUGGGCAGUUACCUGAUGGCGAAAACUCUGCGACCUGGACUGAGACAGAACCAGCAGAAGAGAAGUCCCACACUAUGUGGAUUAUGCCACAGCAGCCUCCUGAACUUGAGGAGCCAGCCCCUGACACCAUCCCCCCAAAAGAGAGUGGUGUUGCCUAUUACGUAGACUUGCAUGGACAUGCUUCCAAAAGGGGCUGCUUCAUGUAUGGAAACAGCUUUAAUGAUGAGAACACCCAGGUGGAGAACAUGCUAUAUCCAAAGCUCAUCUCCUUGAAUUCAGCCCACUUUGACUUCCAGGGCUGUAAUUUCUCAGAGAAGAACAUGUAUGCCCGAGACCGUAGAGACGGCCAGUCCAAAGAGGGAAGCGGCCGCGUUGCAAUCUACAAAGCCUCAGGGAUAAUCCACAGCUACACACUUGAAUGCAACUACAACACUGGACGCUCAGUAAACAGCAUCCCUGCUGCCUGUCAUGACAAUGGGCGUGCCAGCCCCCCUCCCCCGCCGGCCUUCCCCUCCAGAUACACUGUGGAACUAUUUGAGCAGGUGGGACGAGCUAUGGCCAUCGCAGCUCUGGAUAUGGCAGAAUGUAACCCAUGGCCCCGAAUUGUGCUGUCAGAGCACAACAGCCUCACUAACUUGCGGGCCUGGAUGCUAAAGCAUGUGCGCAACAGCAGGGGUCUGACCAGUACUGUGACGGUGGGCAUGAGCAAGAAGAGAGGAUCUCGAACUCCUAGCAAAAGUAACAAUGGAUUGCCCAUUUCCUGCUCUGAAAAUGCUUUGAGCCGGGCUCGAAGUUUUAGCACUGGCACAAGUGCUGGUGGUAGUGGCAGCAGCCAACAAAAUUCUCCACAGAUGAAGAACUCUUCCAGCUUUCCUUUUCAUGGCAGUCGGCCUGCAGGGCUGCCAGGCCUGGGCUCUAGCACCCAAAAGGUCAGCCAUCGGGUGCUGGGCCCUGUCAGAGAGCCCCGAUGCCCAGACAGAAGACGGCGGCAGCAACCACUGAACCAUCGCUCUACCACAAGCAGCCUGGCCCCAUCUCCAACUCUUGCUAGUUCUGGUCCAGCCUCCUCACGAAACCUGGGCUCCUGCCUACUGCCCAAUUCACUCAGCAUAUCAGAGAGCAGCUGCUCAUUCUCAUCUUCAGGGGACAAGCCAGAGGCUGUCAUGGUGAUUGGGAAAAGUCUACUAGGGGCUGGUGCUCGGAUUCCCUGCAUUAGGACUCGUUUGCAGACCUGCCAGAGGAGAGUUUCCGCCAGGAGGGGUCCCGGAUUCCCCAGGCUAGGCCCAGGUUGGGCCGGAGCUCACCGCCGACUCGCAGAGGGAUGAGAGGCUCUUCAAGCCCCACAUCCCUUAUCCCCCAGACCAGAUAGAGCAGUGAGCUGGAGCCGGGACCCCGCUCUGCUACACCAGGGUGAGCAGCGGCGUCCAGUCCUUCAUUCUACCCCUCAUGUCUACUAUUCUUUCACCCCCAUCUCUACCAUUCAGGAUAAUUUCCCCACUUUCUCAUUGAUCCCAAAGACUAAAUGCAUUUUCAUUAAGAAUCAAGUCCCUGAUUUUUAUUCUACUAUGGCCUCGGUCUUCAUUUCAAAGGAUGCCUUCUAGUUCGGCUCUUAAGGCCUAGGCACUAGCUAGCUGGUUCUAGUAUCAGACUUCUGUGCAGUAAGUAAUAAAGCUGCCUAUUCCCGCCCAUCUUCACAUUUCCCCUUUCACCUCCCAGCCCUUGGCUAACAGGCCAGAAAAGGGGCUGUUUCCACAACCCUGACUUCCUGUCUCUUCUCUGUUGCAGGCUGCCUCAGGCUGGCCCCCCACGGCCCCACUCUGCCCCUGCCUUUUCUCCUAUUUCCUGUACUCUAUCUGACUCCCCAUCCUGGAUUUGUUACAGCAGGGGGCCCUUGAACCAAUGUGAGGUUUGUUUUGUCCCUAAAUCUC